AUGAACCUCGCCCUGGACGUCCCAGAACGUCAACAACAGACGAAAAGUUCAAGCAGUGAAAGAAAAGGUAUUGAAAAAUUGCCGCCAAUUACAGCCAAAAUUACUAAAAGUUGUGAUUCGACGUUCCGGGUGCACCAAAUAAAGCAUCAGCAAACGAAGAUUGAACCAAAGGUUUACGACUUCAUUGUGGUAGGAGCUGGCUCCGCUGGAUGUGUAGUAGCAAAUCGACUUUCAGAAAUCGAGGAGUGGAAUGUAUUACUGCUAGAAGCAGGAAGAGAGGAACCAGUAGCUGCUGGUAUUCCUGGUUUUUAUUCACAACUUGAAAAAACUGCCAUCGACUGGAAUUAUACAACCCAACCAGAAGAGGAGUCAUGUUUGAUAAACAAAGGAUGUAGAAUGACCUCUGGAAAAGUAAUGGGUGGUACAAGUGCAUUGAAUGUCAUGAUGUACAUCAGAGGUAAUAAACAUGAUUACGAUAAUUUGGAGAAAAUGGGAAAUCCUGGCUGGAGUUAUGAUGAAAUUUUACCUUAUUUUAUAAAGUCAGAGGACAACAAAGACCCAGAGAUCGUUAAACACAAUCCGGGCUAUCAUGGAACUGGAGGCUAUCUAACAGUAUCAAAUACUCCUAUUCUCUCUCCAUCAGGAAAAAUAAUGGAAGAAGCUUUCAACGAACUCGGACAUCCAACAAUAGAUGUUAAUGGCGCAAGUCAAUUAGGAAUAGCUUAUUCACAAUUAACUAUAGAUAAUGGAGUUCGUAAAAGUACCAAUGCAGCAUUUAUCCGCCCAAUUAGGGGAACAAGGCCCAACUUAAUUGUUAAGAAUGAAAUUUACGUAACUAGAAUUUUGAUAGAUCCGUUUUCGAAAAAAGCGCGUGGGGUUAAAUAUACAUCUACAAAAACUGGCAUUUCUGAGAUAGUUAUGGCCAAGAAAGAAGUAAUUGUUUCAGCAGGUGCUAUAAACUCACCAAGGUUACUGAUGGUUUCAGGUGUGGGACCAGCUGGGGAACUUAAAAAACAUGGAAUCAAAGUCAUUAAGAAUUUAUCAGUCGGAAAAAAUCUUCAGGAUCAUCUAUCUACUGAUAGGGUAUUCGGAAUAAGAAAAAAUUCGAUAACAGAUGAUAAUAUUGAUGAAUGUAAAGACACAUUUGAAAAAUUCAGUUAUUAUGCAAAAAGACAACGAGGAAUUUUUUCCACUGCGACACCAGCGUUCAUUACAGGUUUUUUACGCACAGAAUAUGAAAAAAACACGAAUGUACCGGAUACGCAAUUUAUGUUUGCGCUAAAUGAUCAAAAUCCUAACAAAUUUUAUUUUGUUGUAACAUCACUAACUCCCAAGAGCAGAGGAUUUAUCAAACUUAAUGCUACAAAUCCCGUCUGGGGUUCACCUCUAGUAUAUCCUAGAUAUUUGACUGCCGAACCAGACCUAAAACGUUUCAUUCAGAGUAUUCGAAUGGUAAUUAGUGUAUUCAAUACAACAUCUAUAGAAAAGUCUAAAUUCGAACUUGAUGAUACACCUUUACCUCCUUGCGAUAAAUUUAUAUUUAACUCAGACCAAUAUUGGAUCUGCCUCGUGAGACAAUUUGGUCUUUCACUUUAUCAUCUUGUUGGUACAUGUAAAAUGGGUCCUAAAGAAGAUUCGAAAGCUGUUGUCGAUCCAAGGUUACGAGUUUAUGGAAUAAAAAGAUUAAGAAUUGUCGAUGCAUCUGUCAUUGCAAAUCUUCCGAAAGGAAAUACUAAUGCACCAGUUAUCAUGUAUGCCGAGAAAGGUAGUGAAAUGAUUAAAGAGGAUUGGUUAAGCAAAUAA